AAUGUAUAAUCUGUGUUUGCUUGUAUUGCCUGUUUGAACAUCCAAGCCAAUAGAGGGAGCAUGCCUUCCAUCCAGUGUCUUAGAAAAGACCACCAAGUACUUCACAUGACUGAACUCCUCUAUCUAUCGUCGGGUGCGUAAUGGCGGAAAACUCAAGUGAUUGUUAGCUACGAACCCGCAAACUCUCAGCGAGAAUCUUAAAAGGAAGGCUUCUCUUAACCCCAACAAUAAACCAAGACUAAUAAGUCUACAUCAGUUAAAAAAGCAGAAAUGGAACAGCUCUUAGAAGCUGCUCAGUGUGCAGUUGAGGGAGUUUCUAAGUCACCAGAAGCAAAAGACAGUGGCAAUGGAUCAUGCAUACGCAAAGAUGAACCACAGGGUGACCCCAGCACUGAACAGUCACCCUUGGGCAAAAGAAAGCGACCUCAUGAGGAAGAGGAUGAUGAAGUAUCCCCCGCUAAGAAACUGGUCACAGACGAGGGUCAUCACAGCAAGAAGGUGGCCUCUCACUACAACUCCCUGCAGGAGUGCGGUUUAGCCGAGCGCAACAGGAGCAGAAUUGUCCACAUGCGAAACUUCAACAACUGGCUAAAGAGUGUCCUCAUAGGUGAGAUCCUGGAUAAGGUGCGUCAGCGUGAGAGAGAGGUGUCUGUGCUAGACCUGGGCUGUGGUAAAGGAGGAGACCUGCUGAAGUGGAGGAAGGGUCACAUCAACAAACUCGUCUGUGCAGACAUAGCAGCCAUAUCGGUGGAACAGUGUCAGCAGCGUUACGCCGACAUGAAGAGGAAGUGUCACUCCAACGAGCGUAUCUUCUCUGCCGAGUUUGUCACAGCCGACUGCACCAAGGAGCUGCUGUCAGAGAAGCUGCCAGACCCGAGUGUUCAGUUUGAUGUGUGUAGUUGUCAGUUUGUGUACCACUAUUCAUUCGAGACGCGGCAGCAGGCCGACACCAUGCUGCGCAACGCCUGUGAGAGACUCCGACCCGGUGGCUUCUUCAUCGGCACCACACCCGACGCCUAUGAGCUGGUAAGGCGUUUAGAAGCCUCCGAGACCAACUCGUUUGGGAACGAGGUGUACAGAGUCACAUUCCAGAAGAAGGAUGACUACCCUCUCUUUGGCUGCAAGUAUGACUUCAACCUGGAGGGGGUGGUUGAUGUCCCAGAAUUCCUUGUUUAUUUCCCGAUGUUCGUAGAGAUGGCAAAGAAAUACAACAUGAGGCUAGUGUACAAGAAGACCUUCAAUGAAUUUUUCCAAGAGAAAAUUCAGAAUGAGCAGAAUAAAUCCCUGAUGCAGAGGAUGCAGGCACUGGAGCAUUACCCAGCUGAUGGUGGGAAUAAGCUGGCUUCUGAUAAAGCAGAGGAGUACGAACACGCCAAGACACGAUCUGAACAAGAGAAUGCCAGGAUGCCACUGGGAACUUUAAGCAAGUCUGAAUGGGAGGCCACAAGCAUAUACCUGGUGUUUGUGUUUGAGAAGAUGACAUGAACAUGGAAGAGUUCAAGAGGACGCGAGAGGACUGUACUGGUUAUUUUUUUCUUUUUGAAAAAGCAGCAACUUUUUUUUUUUUUUUGAUAUAUUUGGCCUGUACAAAGCUUCUCUGUGUAGUGUCUGGCUCAAAGUGAUGCGGCAAAAAAACUUUUUUGUACAACAGCCAUCGUUUGCUUUUCUUGUGUUUUGGAAAAUGGUUAAAAUGAAAGACAUACCUCAAAAUUAUUUAUAUGACAUGCACUCAUAGCCUACACCCACGCGCACAUACCGUAACUGCUUUGAGUACUGUUUGUUAGACACCUCUUUGCCACCAACAUCAUGUUUAGCCGAGGCUCAGUGACGUAGCAAAAAUCGCUUCAAAUCUGUUAUUGAUUGCCUGAUAAAAUCACGCUCCGGGCGCACCGCAUACAAAUCAAAGUGAAUCUCUGCAUUGUUGCGCAUCAGCAAACAGUAAACACGCAAUCUCACCGAGUGUAAGCUGCCCUUGGCCGUUUACCUCAUGGUGUCUCAUGACUGAGUGUGUUCUCCAUGGUCGUCAGUCCGGAUCCCCUGAAGUGCUGCCCAGCUUUAUCAGAAGCACGCAUUUGUUUUUUUCUGUCAGAGGAAAUUGCUUUUGAGAAUUAAAAAAAAAAACGUGCAGGCCCUUUUGAGAGGAUGUGUUUGAUGGGUAAUGGCUGUCAGUUUUCCUCUAUAAGGUGUUUUGGUUGUGAGCAUGUGGGAUGUGGUGUGGGUUGGCAUGAUGGGCUUUUUAAAACAGUGUUUUGUAGAUGUCUGCCUGUGAACUGUCAAAAUCCCAAUUAAAUUACUAAUGUCCUAUAUUAAA